GGCUCCGCAAAUGAUGCUACAUUGUGGCAUACAGCUUGUGCACUGAAUCUCCAUGUUCCUGCUGGAAAAUAUUUUCUUGCAGAUGUAGGUUUUUGUAUUUGUUCUGUUCUCAUGGUUCCAUACCAUGCAACUUGCUAUCACUUGCAAGAAUGG